UACAUGGCUUAUCAAAUGAUUAAAUGGUCCAAUACCUUCUAAAAUAGAACCGGUGGCACGUCUUAUGGGUAUCUAUUGUCUACGUAAGUGACGAGAGUCGACAAUACUAAACAAAUCAUCAACCAGUAUUGAUACUGUCAUGCUACUGUAUUAAAAUGCAAAUGUGAUUAUAGUAUAUACACUUGUUUCAACGUCAACGAGAAGAUAUCGCCCCUCGUAAUCGUGUGUGCUGAACGAAUCUUGGCUUCUUUGUGAUUUUUCGCGGAAAAGAGAAAAAGAGGAAUAAUUAACUCUAUUUAUCUGCUUCUAUCUUAUUGUUAAUCAUUAGUCUACUUUCGAUGAUGCAUCCCUUCCCUUUAUAACUUUCCUCUCUACAGAACAUUUCUAGCUCAAGCCAUGGAUUCCUCUUCACUAAAAUGUUUGGAGCUUGGGGAGCUUGUGUUGAACUCCGGUCUCUUACACAAAUCAUGGAAUAGGAUCUCUGAGGUAUACGAAUCAACCCAUCAAAAUCAAGAUUCAGGUCUACAAAUCAAGAUUUACCAAGAAGCCAUACACACAGUCGUGGUUUUCGUCGCGCCAUCGAUCCGCAAAAACACCCCAUUGAACUCUGCUUCCACUCUUCUUUCCGGGCCACAAGACCAGAAUCCCUUUCAUUUUCUAUGUUCGGAGAAGAUCUCCUCGUUCUCCAUUCACACACCUACUAAUCAGCUUUUUAACUCUGCAUACAAGAAUGAUCUCAUUCAGCUCAAAUCAGAGUUGCUCGGUUUGCUCAAGUCCAAGAAACAUGUCAUCAUAACCGGAACUGCGAUAGGAGGAUCGGUCGCAUCUCUCUUUACGCUAUGGCUUCUAGAGACAGUCGAGCCAAAACUAAAACGUCCCUUGUGCAUCACGUUUGGCUCGCCUUUAAUCGGAGACGCUUCUCUACAACAAAUCCUCGAGAACUCCUUGAGGAGUUCAUGUUUCCUUCACGUGGCUGAUGCUACACAAACUCCCAUAACGCAAGGUUUCAAGCCUUUUGGAACGUUCUUGAUUUGUUUCGACUCCGAAUAUAUUUGCAUCGAUGAUCCUGAUGCCGUCACGGAGUUGCUAGGGAGUACUGCUUAUACGGAUAUACUAAGCUGGAGAGACUACGGACGAGUUCUUGAUCGUCUAACUCAACAGGAGGCGGGGGAUUCAAAACUUAUGAUCGAUGAAGACGUUAUAAGUCGCAUGGCAGAACGUGCUGAGAAGACGAAGCAGCGUUUUGAUCAGCUUAAGAAGCUAAACGAGAUUAAAAUAUCAAUGAUAUUUUUAGAGUGGUACAAAAAGAAGAGCAAGAUGGAAAAAACAGGUUACUACGAUCGGUUCAAGACACACGUGGCGUGUCCUGUUUCACCGUUCGAUAUGGAUAUAGAGAAGCGCAAAAGAGAGCUAAACGAUUACUGGAUAUCAUUGGUUGAAGAAGUGGAGAAGAAGCCUCAGAGUAGAAAAGCGCUUCUCAAGACUCGGUCUCUCUACUCCGGGAACAAUUACAAACGUAUGGUCGAGCCGUUAGACAUUGCUGAGUGUUACCUAAGUGGUCGGACAGGGUACAGAGCCUCGGGAAGGGCGCGACACUAUGAUGUGCUUGAGAAAUGGUUUAAGGCUGAAGGGCUAGAACCGGCUAGAUGUGAGAAGAGAGAUUUGAGUGAUCUUUUGACGUUUGAUUCUUGUUUCUGGUCUGAAGUUGAGGAAGCUAUGCUUGUAAUAAAUACUAUGAAAACAAAAGUGGUGGGGAGAGAUGUGUUGAUGGAGAAACUCGUGAGGUUUGAGGAGUACGUGUGGGAUAUGAUCAGAAAACGUGAGGUUUCGCCGGAGAUUUUUUUGGAGGGAAGCAGUUUCAUGAAGUGGUGGAGAGAGUACAAGGAGAUCAGAGGCUUUAGUUCUUCACGUUCAGACUUCACUGAGUUUAUGAACAAUAGGAUGUACGAGAGUUAUGGUCAAGCCUGCUGAUGAAGAAUUGUUUAUUUUAAAACCGCUAUUACCAACUGCUGUUUUCGGACCAACAUAUAUUUCAGAUCUUUCUUGUUCAAGAAGAAACAAAAGUUAUGGUCAAUA